AUGAUGUGCCUUCGUGAUUACAUGAACAAUGUCUACGAGGAUGAAGACACCGAUUUCGAAGAUUUCUUAGCACCAGAGGAUUUGCAAAAGUUUGCUGCUGAGAAAAACCUAUCAGAUGUUCCGCGAGUUUACAAGCCAAAAUACAAAAUCAGGCCAACUUCUCGUCAGAUUUGGGACAAACUGAAUGAGUUAUAUGAUAUGGUGCAGAUUGAGGAAAAUGAGUAUAUACCGGAUGAGUUCAUGACAAAGCUGGAAUUUUUUUUACCGGAACAAGAAUUUGGUGAUUUGUGGCGCAAAAAAAUGGACAGCAAACGACAAAAUUUCAUCGCUCCUCACGCUACUAGCCGAUCACAUAUACGCAGAAAAUGA